UCUCUGAUAAAAUCUCCACAUACAACAUCAUCAACCAGUGUAUCUAGUAGUUCUUCCACAACAACCAUGGCUUCUAACACUCCUGUCUCAUCAGUAUCCACAACACCUCAGAAAGCUUCCAGCAGUACACGUCAAACUAAUGUGGACAAUUUCUUUAGUAUUACCCCAGAAAAGAAGAACACAUCACAGAAAUGUUCAACACUGCACUCUCCAGCUGGAAGUCUUAAGAAACCAUCGCCUAUUGGAAGUGUUCAGAAAUUACCCGCAUCUGAAAGUAAUAGACAGUCUGACAUACAAGACUUACAGAACAGUAUGAAAAGCUUUAGAGAGCAGUUCGAUACCCAACUCAGAGCAAGUCUGUAUUCUCUGUCUGAGAAUGAUGUAGGUGACGCGAAGGAAACCAUAAAGUGUAUGAGGACAACUUUAAAUGCGUUUUACUCUCAUGCCAACGGUUCACUUUCAAAUGCUGUACGAAAAUCUAACAGCCUUGAACAAAAGCAAAGAACAUUAACUCAGUACUGCAGUACCCUUGAACAAAAAAAUGCAAAAUUGACACAGUACUGUAGUCAUCUGUCGAUGGAAAAAAAUGAGCUUGCGUCUAAAGUAAAAACACUAAAACGGGAAGUAGAAGAAGCAAAACUUGAAACACUAAACAUGGAUCUUAUUUUCAGUGAUACCGAGGACAUGAGCAACUCACAAGACGAUCCUGUCAACGACAGCAUUGAACUGCUCAGCAAGCAAAGCAAGAAAGAUGAUACCGAGGAAUUGGGCAUCUCCCAAGAAGACUCAAAUGAUGACAGCGUGGAACCAUCCACCAAGAAAACCAAAACAGAAUCGGAGGACCAGUGUGACAAUUGA